AUGUUCCCCUCGGAAGACGCAAUCGCCCGUGCUUUUUCUCCUCACCAUCCCCUCCAGCAGUCUCAGCCUGCGGAACCCCCGGCUUCGCAAAAACGCGAGCCUUUCCCCGCCUGGAGCGUGGCUGAAGACACCAAGAAGAAAGCCGACGCUUUUGCCAAAGAGGCAACACGGGAGCUCGAGGUUGCGAGCAAGAAAGUCCAGGCCAAGACCGGCAAAAUCGAGCCAUGGACUGCAAAGUAUUACGCUUCCUGUACAGUCGGAGGACUGCUGGCUUGUGGGCUCACUCACACCGCUGUGACGCCGCUAGAUCUGGUGAAAUGCCGUCGCCAGGUUGAUUCCUCGCUCUACAAGAGUAACAUGCAAGCUUUCAGCAAGAUUCGCGGGGCGGAAGGUCUGCGCGGAGUGUUUACUGGCUGGAGCCCGACUUUCUUUGGCUACAGUGCCCAAGGAGCGUUCAAAUACGGCGGUUAUGAAUACUUCAAGAAGUUCUACAGCGACCUUGUCGGCGCGGAGAAUGCGCAGCGAUGGAAGACGUCGCUGUAUCUGACUGCCAGUGCGUCGGCAGAGCUGAUUGCUGACGUUGCUCUUUGCCCCUUUGAAGCUGUCAAGGUCCGCAUGCAGACGACUAUUCCGCCCGACUUCCGGUCGACUUUUGGUGGAAUUUCUAGCGUAGUUGCGAAGGAAGGAACUUCCGGCCUCUACAAAGGUCUCUACCCCCUUUGGGGACGACAGAUCCCGUAUACUAUGAUGAAGUUUGCGUCUUUCGAAACCAUCGUUGAGAUGAUUUACAACUACCUCCCCGGUCAGAAGUCCGACUACGGCAAAGGAGCGCAGACUGGCGUCGCUUUCACCGGUGGUUACCUGGCCGGUAUUCUCUGCGCCGUGGUUUCGCAUCCCGCCGACGUGAUGGUGAGUAAACUGAACGCCAACCGACAGCCCGGAGAGGCGUUUGGAGCCGCAAUGGGCCGCAUCUACAAGGACAUCGGCUUUAUGGGGCUGUGGAACGGGCUGCCCGUCAGAAUCAUCAUGAUCGGAACCUUGACUGGAUUGCAGUGGAUGAUUUACGACUCGUUCAAGAUCUUCAUGGGCUUGCCCACGACUGGAGGCGGCCCUGCUGCUGAGAAGAAGCAGUGA